GAGCGCGUGAAGGAGCAGGAGGGCGAGAGCAUCAAGCAGCAGAAGACGCGCGACACCUACGUGCCGGUGUCCGUCCGCGCCAGCGCCAUGUUCUUCGUGAUCGCGGAUCUCGCCAAGGUGGAGCCCAUGUACCAGUACAGCCUGGAGUGGUUCGUCAACAUCUUCCUGCUCGCGAUCAAGACGGCCGAGAAGCCGGAGAGGAACCUCGGCAGGCGCCUGCAGGCCCUGCAGGACCAGUUCAUCAAGCUGCUCUACGAGAAGGUGUGCGACUCGCUGUUCGCGAAGGACAAAUUGAUGUUGUCCAUGUUGCUGACGUUUAAGUCCAUGGAGGUGGACAAGGAACUCGACGCCGAGGAGAAG